GGGACUUUAACGGGUGUCCUUACCGGGGGAUCUGUCCGGUGUCCCGAUGUCUGUCGUUUGGUCGGUUGGAGAAAGUUGAGUAUUUCUUCUUCGCGGUGAAUCGGUCCUUCAGGGUGUGGGCGGGGCCAGAGGUCAGAGGUCAGCGGGUACUAGGCCAUCUGAGCGCGUGCAUCAAUAGUUAAAGCACAUAACUGCUGCUCUUACAAAAAUAAAAGUUAAAUAAAAAUCCCAACUGUGUAAUAACGGAAGUCUGGUUGAGGGCGGGAGCUUUAAAUGAUGGAAAUAUGACGUCACGUCACCAUGACAACCUCACAAAAUAGGAUUUGCAAUUGAGGGAAUUUAGUGAAUAUGUUUAGCUCUGAUUUGAAUGUCUUUCAGCCUCUUAAUGAGAUGACAGGGUUUCUAAAUAAUAUUUUAUAUGUCAAAAUACAUUUUAUUCAUUAACAAAUAAAGGAUAAAUAAAGUUUUUUUAUCUAACUUUAACCUUAGUGAAUUACUGUAUACUAGUUUAUUCAUCAGAUCCUGAUCCUGAUUUAUUUAACGUUCGCUAACUUGGGAAAUAUAAAAGGAACCAACUCACGUAAUUCUUAGAGAAUCCUGUCAAUUUUCAAAGUAAAACGUUUUCUUUCUGUGGUGUGGCCCCAUGGACCCUGGAGCUGUGCCAUAAAGAACCUGUUUGUGACUCUGCUGUUUCUUUAUGAAACAGACCAGAAACAGAGAAGCCGUGUGACUCUGAUGUGACCAGCAGAGGUCACACUGUCUAAAGAAGUUAAAACCAACUCACAGCGAUCAAUAAACAGUUGAUUGUGGGUGUUUCUGUUGUUGAUGUGUAUAUAUGUGUGCACAUAUAUUUAUAUAUAUAUAUGUAUAUAUAUAUAUGUGUGUGUGUGUAUAUAUACAGUACCUGUCUGUAUUGACCUUUACCCUCCCUUCUCUUCACUAGUCAAACACACACACAUUAACCGAGCUCUAAAAGUUUUCUCGUUUAUACUGCUCUACUAGUACUACAUUGGUGAGACACACAUACUGUGUGUUCAGUACACAUAUGUGUGAAUGUACGUAUAUGUGUGGCAGUAUUUUGUCCCCUCUGAGCCUCCGUAUCCUGACGUCCUCCCACAGCACGGAGCAAACAUCAGGCUGCCAGACGUGGCCUCUCUCCUUCAGAUUGGUGAGGGAGCGUCUGAAGCUACAGGUGGAGGAGAUGAGGGGUCACUUCUCAGGGUUCAGACCUGGUCUUGUGGUCUUACAGGUGGGCGACAGAGACGAUUCAAACCUCUACAUCAGCUCCAAGCUACGAGCUGCAGCUGAGAUUGGAAUCGAAGCAAAACAUCUGAGAUUACCGAACACCACAACACAGGAAGAGGUCCUGCAGCACAUCCUGUCCAUCAAUGAGAACCCUUUGGUCCAUGGUCUGAUAGUCCAGCUUCCCCUGGACUCUGUGACCUCCAUCGACUCGGAACUCAUCACCAACGCUGUGUGUCCAGAGAAAGACGUGGACGGUCUGAGCUGCAUCAAUGCAGGGAAGUUGUCUCGAGGGGAUCUGGAUCACUGCUUCAUCCCCUGCACCCCCAGCGGCUGCAUGGAGCUCAUCAGACAGACAGGUGUGUCUGUGGGGGGGAAACAUGCGGUUGUGAUUGGUCGCAGUAAGAUUGUUGGAGCCCCGAUGCACGACCUGCUGCUGUGGAACCACGCCACCGUGACCACCUGUCAUUCAAAGACCCUCGACCUCCCUGAACAGGUGGGCCGGGCCGAUAUCCUGGUGGUGGGGGCGGGCCGAGCAGAGAUGGUGAGAGGGGAGUGGCUUAAGGAGGGAGUGGUGGUCAUCGACUGUGGAAUCAACCACAUAGCAGAUGAGACCAAGGCGAGCGGAAAACGUGUAGUUGGGGACGUCCACUACGCCUCGGCCAAUCAAAGAGCGGGAUUCAUCACACCUGUUCCCGGAGGGGUGGGGCCUAUGACAGUGGCCAUGCUGAUGGAGAACACAGUACAGAGCGCUCAGCACUUCGUCAUGAAGGACCAGCCAAGGAAGUGAACAUUUCUUGAAGAAUCUAUAUAGAAUAGAAUAUAUAUUAAUAAA